AGAAUUUUGUCGGUCUAUUUAACAAUCACCCUGUACAUACAACGCGCGUCUCUUGUUGAUCUUGUUGGGACGCAUUUCAUUUUCGUGAACUCUCAAGGACGUGUGCUGAGAAUAAGCAGAGAAAAUGGAUAUGAAAAAGUUGAUAGAGGAUUUUUGUCACUUCCAACGUGAACGAUACCAACGUGAACGACACCAACGAGAAAAACACAAGAUCAAAUUAGGAAGGAAGAUGUUAAGCUUCACCGUCUUGUUGUACGAAAGAAGAGGAGCUGAUCAAGUUCUCCAUGACCAACAAGCAAACGUAACCGUGAGAGUGUACGAGGAUCAUAUUAAUUUUGUAAUCGAAGAUGAGAGAAUCAUUUUGUCCCUUUAUAAUGCCAAUAUAAUAAGGUACGAUGACGGUGAACCUGAUUCCGAUGAAGAAAAUGGCAUACCUACAGAAACCGCAACGCUAGUAAUAUAUCGAGAAGCUCAAAAUGUAACACUAGUGUUUGGUGAUUUGGCCGAGAAAAGAAAUUUUAUUACAGCGCUGAGGAAUCUACAGAGGGCAAGCUCAUCGGAUUCGGGAACAUCAACAAAUUAAGAAUUGAUAUAACAUUUUUUUUAUGAAUAAAAACAUUAAGUAAAAUCAGUUGUCUAACUGUCUAUUCUAUUGUCUGUGGUUGAGGUAUAAAUGUUCCAAAUUAAAAACGGUAAAAUCAGCAAAAAAAACAAAGUGUUCUGAGGGGGGCCUUCUAAAUUUCG